AUGGUUCGCUCACUUUUAGGUCUUGCAUUCCUCGGUCUCCCCCUUGGCUCCCUUGCAGUCACUCUCAGCGGGAACUAUGCUCCAACUUACAUCCAGUGCCCGUCAGGGGAGAGUUAUCUGCGCCCCGCGUCCGCAGGGCUCUCGACAGAAGAAGCCACUUGGCUUGCAAAGCGCAAAGAAAAUGUCGUCGAGGGGCUCGCGUCCUACCUCACCACCGUCGGUAUCCAGGGCUUUGACGUGAAUGGAUACAUUUCCGCUUUGAACAGCACGAAGGAGGCGAUUCCUACGAUAGGUUUCACCUUGUCUGGUGGUGGAACGCGAGCGGAGUCCUCUGCUUACGGUAUGCUUCGCGCAUUCGAUGGUAGAACUUCGCAAUCAGUGAGUUAUCGUACGGGUGGACUUUUGCAGGCGACCACGUACAUCUCAGGACUUAGUGGGGGCGCGACUUCCUUGGGAAUGGUGGCUAUGUCCGAUUAUCUGGACAUGGACAGCAGUCUGCAAGAUGGCCUACUGCUAGGCAAUUAUUCCACGUCUGACUUCGAUGUCAUUGCCUACAAAGCCGAACAAGGCUUCAACAUCACCAUCUCUGACAUCUUUGCCGUCGCCAAUGGCAUUAACGCGUUGCGGGUGCCGUCGAACCUAUCCGUGGACCCUCUUUCUCGGUUAUGGAGCGACAUUCCCUCUUUCGCCAACUUCUCCCAAGGCAAAAGCCCAAUGACGAUAUUGAUGCUCAACGAGGUCAUUCCUGCUGGCUUGCCUGGUUCCAACUCCUUCGCAGGGGCCUUGAUACCGGCGGACAAUGCGAACACGAACGGUACCAUCUAUGAGCUCACGCCAUUCGAGUUUGGGAGCUGGCAAGGACGCGCACAGGCCUUCAUCAAGACUCAGUAUAUCGGCACAACGUUUGCUAAUGGGCAGCCUGUCAACGAUACUACUUGUGUGCAAGGCUUCGACACGGCAGCCUUUAUGGUCGGAUCUGCCGACGCCGCUAUGAACAUCUGGUAUACCGAGGCCCAAUCGAAUGGAACGGUAGGACAAUUCGCCAAGCGAGACACCGUGAAGGCGCCAUACCCGCCAAACGAGGACAAAAUCGAGCAGGAGAGGGUGGAAGCGCAGACCGGGGUAGAAGAGUCCAAUCUGGGAUAUUUCUUGGAGCUUCUGGGAAAUCAAACCCUCGAACAGAGCGUCUACGGAUUGUGGCCUAACCCGUUCGCUGGUCUCAAUGAGUCCGACGUGAACCUUCAAAAGCAAGGAUUCCUUUACCUCGUCGAUGGAUCCGAGUACGGGCAGGAGAACCCCAUUGUUCCUCAGAUUCAGGCAGCCCGCUCCUCGGACUUCUUGGUAGUGAACGAUGCCGGUGGAACCGACUUGAGCAGCGGAUGGUCGAACGGUACGACUUUCAUCAACACCGCCAAAUGGGCGAAGGCACAAAACCUUUCGUUCCCCACAGUCCCCAGCACCAAUACCAUGCUGAACCUCAACCAUACUCUCUUCCCCACGUUUUAUGGUUGCUACGAAGAGGAUGUUCCUCUCGUUCUGUACGCCGCCGACGCUCCGUACACAGAGUACUCGAACAUCACUGCUCUUGGCGACCUUGACAGCACUCAGUACACAAGGCUCUGGAACAACAGCAUCUCCCUGUACAGUCAGAUUGAUUCUCCCAACGCCAACGCGACGACAGACUGGCCAACCUGCAUUGCAUGUGGUGCGAUCUACCGCUCACUGCAACGACUGAAUGCGACGAUCCCAGAAGUGUGCGGGGCGUGCUUCGAGGAACAUUGUUGGGGCGGCGAGGUCGACGACAGUCAACCAGGCUUCUUGGCUCCUGCACCUCUUCUCAACCCGAGUUUGACAUUUGCGGAGUGGAACACGUCAUUCUACGGCAACAGUACGGACUAGAGCCAUUAUAAGGAAAGUGGCUACGCAUUUUUCUGUUAAUCUUUUGGUGUUCGUCCGCAUCUUAUUCUUCACUACUAUAUCCUCCACUGCUAUACCACGAAUUAAUUCUUCUCUAUGGACAUGCGCAUUGGGACACACAUUGGCACUCGCGCGCUCAUAAUUUAUGGUUACCACGAUCCUGUUAAAGCAUUUAAUCUCUUCUGAUGUUCGAAUACUGGUAGAACAGUAGGCUGUGGUGAUGACCGCUGAUGGCAGCGUGCCACUCGUGUGGCG